UCCAUCGCCGCCGGGCCCGAAAUAGUCUCUCACCAUACCCGGCCUCGGCAUCGUUCGGGAAGCGAGUUCGUCACCUGUGGAGAAUACAUAUAUUGAACCUCCUCCCCCCAUCCCCCCAUCAGGAUGCAACCACAUGCUCUACACGAUGGCAACCAGACACGAUUUUCUGAAAGAAUCCUAUCGUUUGCGAUACAAGGACAUUCAGGGGGUCGAGGGUGGAGGGUGUCAUCUCAAUGUCUACCUCCCUCAAGAUGUGACUUCCGCCGAGACUCUGCCCGUGGUCAUGAUGAUACGGGGCGGGGGCUUCUGGGUCGGUGCCGCCCAUUUGAUUCCAUAUAAUCAAGUCCAUUAUCUGCUGGAUCACAAAGUUGUCGUUGUCUCUAUCGAGCACCGGCUUUUGCCCCACUGUCACAUCGAGGAGAUGAGGCAUGACUGCCUGGACGCCCUUCGAUACUGUCAGGAACGCCUUGGCGAGCAGGUUCAGGAGGUGCAUAUCGACGGAAGUAAAAUCGGUGUCCUCGGCUGGAGCGCUGGAGCGCUGUUAGCCAUCUAUCUGGCACACGAUGCGUCGUUGAAUGGAGGCCUGGGGCCCUUGGCUAUUUCGGUGACCUAUCCUCCGACCGACAUGUCAGGGUCGAACAAUCGACCAAAGUCCGACUUUGAGUCGAAAUUGGAAGCUGAUUCUACUUUGAAAGCCCAGUGGGACAGUCUGAUGCAUGGGCCGGCGUCUUCAGACUGGAGUCCAUUGCCUCCAGGCUUGAUGCCGGGACAGCUUGCAAAUGUGCCACCUCCGCAACCAAUGCCGGAACGCAUGAUCAUGUUCUUUGCACAAAUCCAUAGCGAGACUCUCUUCACCUAUCUCUAUGAUCAUGAUCCUCCAUACACUCAGCCGUCUCCACUAGACAUUGCAGAUUCCCAUUUCCCGCCGACAGCCAUCGUCAUGGCCGAAUCGGACAAGGUGAUACCCAUCUCGAAUUCUCAAGCCCUGUACGACAAGCUUCAAGCCAAGGGCGUGCCCAGUGCCUUGUUCACUUGUCACGGUAUGGACCAUAUUCAGGCCGAGUGCUUGGCCACGGCGGAUCCUUGGCCUGCGAACCGCAAGGCAGAGUGGUGGGAAGCCAUCACGCAGAAUUUGGACUUUGUCCUGGACGCAAUGGGCGUGGCGUUCUGAAUGCAGACUAGGUUGUUACAUUGAUCAAGCAAUGCAGCGAGCUGUGUAGUGGCCUGGCGCACAGACGCCGCUCAGAGACAUCAGUACAGGAGAUGGUCAAGGGAUUCUUUCAGCGGAGACAAUGCAACAUGUAAAGU